AUGCUAGCCUCUUUGCGACCGCAAUCGCCCCCUUCCUUUGACGUCAACCGACGCCGCCCCCAGACCUCCCUCCUCUAUCCCAGCCGUUCGCCUUACCACGCUUCACAGCCCUUACCUUUACAAAUGGAAAGUUUUGGCGCCGAGCGACGCGAUCCAACGCCACCCUCGCGUCUGGCAGCACAUGCGCCUUGGCUCGGAUCCAGUUCCUACGGCGCAGACCCUGGCCCAGACGCUCCGGAGCAGAGGUCUAGCCCACAGGCUCGUCAACGGUCAUGGCAUCAUCCCUAUAUGCACUCUACUCGCGCCCCACCGGGUGCAAGCCCGCCAGCACAGCUUGACACAGGCGCUAGCCCUACAUUGCGCACCUACGAUCAUGUUCAUGCUCACGAUCUUCUCAAGGCUGAUCCGCAGCAGAGAUCCCCAGCUCAUCGCUCCGAGCAAUUCCAUGCAGCCUCUGAUCAAAGAUCUCGCGCCGGACCACGCGCAGAUCUGAUGGGUCACGCGCAGCCCGUCAACAUCUCGUCCCAUCCGCCAAACGCCGAGCGCAUCGGCGGCAUAGGGCCGAGUCGCAACAGAGGACGCUCCAACACCUUGUCGCUGCCACACCCAGACAGCACCCGCGUGCGCGGAAGAUCUUUUAUUGGUGGGCGCCUUCACAGUCCGUCGCACCAUCCUUACAGCGGUCAUGAGGAGUCUGUAUCGCAGCCGCCACGGUCGUGGGAAGAGGUGCGCUCCUACCGAGACGAGUUCCCACGUCAUCAGGUCGGAGAGUCUGCAUUAUCCCACCGACAGUCACCGACGCAUCGACCGUCUUCGGGCCAGUCUCCCAUCCUGUUUGCUCCUUUGAGCCCCAAUCCAGAACCUCUUCAUCUGCUGCCACCGCCUGCUCGAAGAGUGUCGGGCCAAAUACCGGCCAAGAUGAUCAACUCGAGCGUCAUGGCGCGCGCGCCGCAGGGCCAUUCCAGGCCAGGCACACCCUGUUCGCCUCUCAACAUGGACAGCCUUAGCAUGGAGGAUUCCUACUUGCCAUCCGCAUCCGGCAUGGCUGUUCCCGUGACGGUCGACCGUCAGCGCUCGCCAGCCGACACACGUAGCCGCAGCGAUUAUUUCGGUCCAGCUUCGUCGGAAUGGAGCCGAUCCAGCCACGCGGCUUCUGAUUUGGCAAGGACCCCCCCACCUCCAAGCCGCCCGAUGACUGGCUCGCGUCCCAACUCGCGCGGCCAUCCUUACCGCGGAUCGGUCAUGAUGUCGACUGAAGGCGUGUCUCCUGAGCACGAAGCAGCGCCGUAUUAUUCGGGUGCUUAUGCUGCUUCUCAGCCGUCUAUCAGGCCGUUUGACCGCGCUUUAGUCGGUGCGACCGCUGCGCAUCACCUCGGAAUUUCUCGAGGAGAACAGAUCGAGCGCGAGCGUUUCAUGAUGGCGCAGCAUCACGUGUCGUCUCAAUCGCCUCUGUACACCCCGAUUGGACCGCAUGAGCUUGGAUAUCAGGGCGAUUUUGUGCCUCCGCCAGGGCGAAUGGGCCACGGAGGCGGCAGCUUUGUUGGCGCCGUGCCUCAACAAGCGGCGCCCGUGGACCGCAUCGCGCACAGCCGUCGAAGAAGACGCCCACCUUACUCGUACUCGUCCAUGAUCACGCAAGCGAUCGCCUCUUCGCCCGAAGGUCGCAUGACAUUGCGCGAAAUCUACACAUGGAUCAGUACUCACUUUUCAAGCUAUCCGAUGUCUGGGCCUGACUCGCAAGGCUGGCAGAACACGGUGCGCCACAACCUUUCGCUGGGAAAGAUUUUUGUAAAGAAGGCCAGAACGGCUCAGGAUAUCUACGACAGCUGCUCUUCGGGCAAUCCUGCGCAGAGCCAGGCAGUAAGAGGCAAAGGCGGAUGGUGGACACUGCAUCCGGUGGUGCUUUCACAAAUCCGCUCGGGCAAGCGUGCGCACAGCGACGAGUUUGACGAUCUUGAACGUCUGGUCGACAUGGAAAACGCUGCUGCUGCUGCUUCCGCCUCUUCAGGCGGAGGUCUGGUCUCGUCUUUGAUGGAUCCGGCGUCGUCGACCGACUCGAGUGACAAGACAGUGGCGGUGCGAAGGUUAUCGGUGGAUGUUGACCAACACAAGCCGCUCAGUCGACAGAGAAGCUACUCGGACUCGGUGGAUCCUACACAGGGAGAGCAGCGUCGUUCAGGCUCGGGCUAUCAGUUGUCCAUUGCUCCUGUCAGCCGUCAAGAAUCGAUCAAGACGCUUCGGAACGCAUCCGCUGGGCGAUCGCCUCGCGCAGCAUUGACAGCGCAGCCGAUGCCGCAUGACGCAAGCAGCGUGGGUGCUGCUUCUCGCGAAGACAUGCCAUCGGUGCUCCAGCGCCGACCUGACCUUGUGGACCUUGAUCGACCUUCAGUCGGUAAUCGACUGCGAGGCCACACGAUAGCAGCGCACGAGAUGUCGUUGCACCAGCCCAAUUCGAGAGCUGAUAUCGCCAAUUUUAGCGGUGAAGGAAACCGUUUCACACGAACUGCCUCGAGCGUGGGCGCCAUGUGGAGUCCGUGGCCCGCGUUUCAAGACUGCCGGCAGACGGACAGGGAUGUGGACAUGGAGCUAGCUGUUGCUAGUCAGAGAGACUCGAGUUUGGUGCUGCAGGAGGCGCGCGAAACGCUGGUUUGGCAGCAAAGAGAUUCCAGAGCAGCUCAAGCUGAGUCGCCAGAAAGCACCGGCCGAAUGGCUAUCCGAGGUCUGCUUAACAGCUGA